AUGAAUGAUCAACAACAAAAUUUAAACUCAGAUUUAGAUAGUAUUUAUUCAUUUGAUUCAGUAGCUACAAAUGAAAGAUUGUUAGAUCGUUUAGAUUUCGAUAAUGCAUCUGUAUCUGAUAGAUCUAUAGAUUCUUAUAAUAUAGAUCAAAAAAGGAAAAGUCAAAUUUCUUUAAAUCCAAGACAUAAUUCUGUUGGUUAUUAUAAUAAUUAUUUAAAUCAAGUUGAUAAUAGUAAUUUAAAUUCAAUUGUAAAAUUAAGAAAUCAAAAUCAGAGAUCAAAUUCCUUUAAAAAUAUCAAUAAUCAAUAUAUUAAUAACAAUAGUUACAACAAUAACAUCAACAACUACAAACAAUCAAAUGAUCACACCAAAACAAAUUCACUAUCUAGGAAUGAUUUAGAGGACGCGAGACUAAGGUCAGUUUCAAAAAACUUUAUUUCUACUACAGUCAAUCCAAAACUAGAUCGAAUAACUCAUGAAGUAGCAUCAUUAAAAUAUGACUCAAUAGAUGAUUUACCAACUUCAUCUUCAUCAAAUAAUCACUUAAAGAACAACAACACCAAAACCACAGGAUCCGAUAAAUCACUAGAGGACCUUACGAAAAAUGCUUCAAAAUUAAGUUUAUACCCACCAGGUCAAUCAAGAUCUCCUCAUUUAUUCAUAACUCAACAUAGAACUACUUCUGGUUCCUCAAUAACUUCUGAUUCUUCAAAUAAUAGUUUUAACUCCUCAAAUCAUAAUCAACAAUCAACAUCAACUACAAGACCUCAACAAUUAAGAAUGUUCACUUCAAGAGAAGAAAUACCGACAAUAUCAAAAAAUUCAUCAGGUAAUGACAACAAUGAUACAGAAAUUUCAGAAAUUAGACUUCAAGAGAGUCCCAAUAUCAAACACUCAUCAUUAACCAAUUUACAAACAUCAAGAACAUUAGAUUUAUCACCAGAAGAAAGAACAAAUAUUGCAUUAGAAUUACGUAAACAAGGAAAUCAAAGAGAAGCUUCAUAUCAAUUACAAAUAGCAGCAAAUGAACCCUUUAAUUACCCCAAAGCAAUGUAUCAUUAUGCAGUAUCUCUCAAAUAUGGUUAUGGUGUUAAACAAAAUUUUUCAUCUUCUUCAAAAUGGAUAUGUAAAUGUAUUUUAAUAAGUUCUGUUAAUAUUAAAAAUGAUGAAUCUGAUCAACAUACUAUAUCUGUACUAGUCAACAAAUUAAAUAAAUUAUCACAUUCCGAAAUUAUGAAUUUGAUCUUAUCAACUUUGGAGAAUACCAAAAACUCAGACAUAUACAAUAAUGGAUCAAAUCCUGAAGAAAUGUAUCUAAUAUUCAAACAAUACGAUAAACUCAAAAUCAAUCAUGUAAUAUCAAUAAAUAAGAAUAAGUCAGACGUAGUGGCAUUAAGCUACUAUGAGCUAGGUAAUUUCUUUCUAGGUGGUCUUAUAUCAAAUUCAAAAGAUGAUGAAAUAAAUGGGAUUAUUUGUUUAUCAAAAUCAGCAUCAUUAGGGUACAUUCAUGCCAUGGAACAAUUAGGUGAGAUUUGGACAAACAAAACAAAAGCUCAUAAAAAAGACUUGGCAAAAGCUGCUGCUUGGUUAAGAAGUUCUGAAAUCUUUGGUGUUAAAAGUAUUGGUAAUAGCUGGAUUUAUAAAGAUAAAUAUUUAAAUGGUAGUUGA